UCACUAUGAUUGUAGUAACCAGAGAGGGAGAGAUAAAGGGAGAGUUCUGAACUUAUGUAGCAAGAAGUGGAGGUAGGAUAGGAAUGUGAAGCUGGGUUGGAAAAUCUAAACCAAAGCAGGAGAGAAAAAACAUUGCCUUUAGUGAGGGAAGAGAAAGGAACAGGGGAAGGAGAAAGAGAAGGAACGCUUGGACAGAGACAAGAAGAGACUGAGAAGACUGGCCAAACAGGACACUACUGAAUUCCAUUCAACAUGGAAAAUGAGUUUAUUCAGCGCGCACAAAGUAACCAGGCCUGCAAAGCCCAUUACUAUGGAGCUGCCACCUCGACCAAAACUCUUUGGCUUCCAUGGAGUCUCCAUGAUCCACCAUUUCACUGACAACUGGGAGAACAUACAAAACUUCCAGGCCAGGCCAGAUGAUAUCCUCAUCGCCACUUACCCCAAAGCAGGUACCACAUGGGUCUCCUACAUUCUAGACCUGCUGUAUUUUGGUCAGUCAGCCCCUGAGCGUCAGACUUCACUGCCUAUCUAUGAGAGGGUGCCUUUCCUGGAGAGUGACUUCCAUAUUCUCCCUCCAGGAACAGAGCUGGCAGACAAGUUAUCCACCUCUCCUCGCCUCAUCAAGACUCACCUCCCAGUCCAGUUGGUACCCAAGUCCUUCUGGGAGCAGAACUGUAGGAUAGUGUAUGUGGCCCGUAAUGCCAAGGACAAUGCAGUGUCUUAUUUCCACUUUGACCGUAUGAACCAGGCACAGCCAGAGCCAGGAGACUGGAACAAUUUCUUACAGAGAUUCAUGGAUGGAAAGAUGGUGUUUGGUUCCUGGUACGACCAUGUAACUGGCUGGUGGGAGAGGAAACAGACUCACUCAAAACUCCACUACGUUUUCUAUGAGGAUAUGGUUGAGGAUAUGAGGAGAGAGCUGGACAGGCUGUGCUCCUUCCUAGGUUUGUCUCCUUCAGCAGAGGAGAAGGAGAAGGUGAGAGGAGGAGUGCAGUUUGAUACUAUGAAGAAGAACAGCAUGGCCAACUAUUCCACCCUCCCAAUCAUGGAUAUCAAGAUCUCUCCAUUCAUGCGAAAAGGUAGACCUUUCUAUUUCUCCCCAUAUGUCUUUCUCUCUGCCUCAAACUUUUCUCUGCUCACACCCUCUGUCACACUCCAGGAAAGGUUGGUGACUGGAAGAACCAUUUCACUGUGGCCCAGAGUGAACAGUUUGAUGAAGACUAUAAGAAGAAGAUGAAGAACACCACCGUACAGUUCCGCACUGUAGUCUAGGGGUUGUGAUCAGGUUGACUGGUGCAUAUGCAUCUCAGCUCUGGAGUCAUGGUGCUGAAAUGUACAAUAUGCUGAUACCAUCUCUACUGUAUAAAUAAGAGCUAAUGAUGUGUUGGGGUUAAAAGUUGUGGAUGUUUUUUAUAUGCUUUUGUAUGUGUGCAUGUCACAGAAUAUUGUGUAAUUCAACUAAAGAAAAAUAGCAGUGCAAAUAUCACAUCUUUUAAAGCUGCCUUCAAAUUCAUACAGGUGAUUACAUUGAGAAAUAAGAAACGCCUACUAAUCACAAAGCUAUAAUUCUGAUUUAAAGUGUGACAUAACCUAGAGACUUGUUUUGUUAUAACCAGCAUGUUAGACAUUGUCAAGCUCUCCAUCCACUCUAAGCCUUUUGUUCCUGGAGGCUGUUGCCAUAGUGAUUACCAAAACAAUUACAAGUGCAAUGAGGAAUACAAAGGCUUCGCCCACUGACACUGUAGAUGAUUCAGGAUCAUUUGGCAUCUUAGAUGAUGCUGGAUUAAAUUCUGUUAGAUUCUCAGGCAUCAUCCAUGGUCCAGCUCUUUCACUCAUCACUGCCACAAUUUGUGUCCAUCAUGCUCACCGAUGGAGGUGGCAAUUGGAUUGACAACUGUGACCAUGAGAACCCAACCGAUUGAGUACAAUACAGAACCUGGCACCCAUUGCUAAUAGCAGCGAGGUGCUGGCUGAACUGUGGGGGACAGCGCUUUUGUCCCUCUGCAAAUUGACUGACUUGCAGCUGAAUAAUCUCCCAAAUGGUACUGAAUGUAGCAGCAGUCUUAUUACUGCUUUGGCAAAUCUUCAGGCCGUUGGACAGCAACUUCAGAGGGGACACGUUUGGGGGCAGCGCCUGGCUUUGGUUUGGGGAUUUGGAAGAGAUGGGCUGAAAAGCCAUCCAAAGAGGGUUGUAAGAGGGCUGAUAAAUACUAUUCAUGCCAGUCUCUCUUGGCUAAGAGUUUAGGAGAGACUGACUGCAUCACUUAUUUUCAUAGUCAAAUUACACACAGAGCUGACACACACACUUACCCCACCAGGGGUCUUUUCACAGUCCACAGAUCCAGAUCAAAUUCAAGAAAGCGUACAGUAUUACAUAGAACCAUUAUUGCAUGGAACUACAUUCCAUCUCAUAUUGCUCAAAUAAUCCACAAAUCUGGUUUCAAAAAACAGAUAAAGCAACACCUCACAGCACAAUGCCUCACCACUCUUUGACCUAGAUCAGGGCUGCCCAACCCUCUUCCUGGAAAUCUUAUAACAGAUCUCGUCCUCCUCUUCUGAGGAGUAGCGAGAAGGAUCGGAGGACCAAUGCGCAGCGUGGUAAGUGUCCAUAAUGUUUAUUCAAAACACAACAAAACAAUAAACGUGAAUAAAUGAAACAGUCCCGUGUGGCAACAAGCACUGACACUGAAGACAAACACCCAAAACUCAAAAGUGAAACCAGGCUACCUAAGUAUGAUUCUCAAUCAGGGACAACGAUUGACAGCUGCCUCUGAUUGAGAACCAUACUAGGUCCGAACACAGAAAUCCCAAAUGAUAGAAAAACGAACAUAGACAACCCACCCAACUCACACCCUGACCAUACUAAAACAAAGACAUAACAAAGGAACUAAGGUCAGAACGUGACAGAACUACUGUCCUGUAGGUUUUCAGUCCAACCCUAAUUUAGCAGUUCUGAUUCAGUUAGCUAAGGUCUUGUUGAGCAGCUAAUUAGUAGAAUCAAGUGUGUUAAAUUAGGGUUGGACUGAAAACCCACAGAACGGUAGAUCUCCAGGAAGAGGGUUGGGCAGCCCUGACUUAGAUAGUUUGUGCGUAUGCAUUGAUAUGUAGGCUGUGUGAUUUUAAUAAUGUUUUACAUAGUUCUGUCCUCUGUAUUAUAUCAUGUUUCAUGUUUUGUGUGGACCCCAGGAAGAGUAGCUGCUGCUUUUCCAACAGCUAAUGGGGAUCCUAAUAAAAUACCAAAUAAUACACUCA